AUGGCGGUUACACACACGACAAUCAUUCUGUUGACAAUUGGACUUUGCGAAGCAGCCUACAAUAUCUGUCCGGCAAACUCCAUUAACAGUACUCACAGUACUUUUGGUACAAGCAAGUACGUUCAACGAGGCCUAUGGCACCAAGUACCUUGCCCAUCCUUCCGUCCAGAUGAGGCCAUUAGUCGGGUCAUUUGGUACAAGCAAGACAGUCCCACGACUCCUGCGCAAACGUUGAUCACUCACAAACGUAACACAGACUACCCAGAGAGCGACAUGUACGCGUUCGGGAAGUCUGGUUUCAGCCUCGUCAUUAAAGGUGUCCAGGAGAGUGAUGGGGGAAGGUAUGUGUGUCAAGUCGCACCACGUGACACACUAGCUCGAGAUGAAGCAAUCAGCAUUCAAGUUAUAGGCGAAACCUUUCCAGGAGGCAGUAGUCAGGCAUCUUCCACAGCUAGUUUCCAGCGAGGACGCAGGCAGACGCUACCUUGUGAGUGCGCGUCACAGACACCAGACGUAGUGUAUUGGUCAACGGGAGAGGGCGUCACUAUCGAUACACAGAUCAUUGGUGCCCGUUUCUCCGAUGGUGCUACCCUGCAGAUCCAAUAUGGCGCUGAUUACUGCAUUGGUAGCGACGCUUCGCUUACAGUCAACUCCCUGAAUGACGUUCAAGAUACGCAGAGAUUCUGGUGUCACGUGUUCCAGUCAAAUGGUUCCCUCAGAAAUUGCAACACCGGUGCCAAGAUAUCAGUGGAGGCAGAGUCAACCAGUAAUGCCCUGAAGGCCUCAGAAAGAUAUUUCUUCCUGCGAAAAGACACACAGCAGAUACUCCCUUGCCUGAGCUGGACACCUGGCGACACAGCUUGUGAGGUGGAGUGGAGUAAGCUCGACAACCCAGAUCGACAAGUCCUCAGUUACAACCUGUCGACUGGUGUCGUCGAUUCUAGUCCUGAAUUCGAUCUCGUCAGUGACUUUGGUUUGGUGAUUCAGUCAGUAGAGGAUGACCAUGCUGGAGUGUUUCGAUGUGCUUUGGGAGAUAAAAACAAGAUAGAUGUCGAAGUCCGAGUGAUAGGGGAUCGCUUUCCAUUGGACGAGGCUAACGCUACAGAAGGUGACAGUGUGACCAUCAAACCUGAAAGUAGAUUUUCUCUUCGAUGUCCGGCCCUCUCAGACAUCUCAUUGACAACCAAAUCAACUUUAUUCUGGUCCUUUGGAGCCCCUGAUGCAGAGUCUACCACUGUGAUCGGCACAAUGAAUCUACCAGAUGGUCCCAUAAAGAUGUCUGAUCUGGGAGACAAUAGCUGCCUCGGAAUAUCAAUUGAGGGCGCUCUGCUGCUAAACAAUUGCUCCCAAGAUGGUGACGUCAGAUACUGGUGUCAUGUCUUCCCUGCGAAUGGUGAUCUGAUCAGAUCAUACGUGGGUGUAUUGAUGGAGAAUUCAAACGGUGCUCCUGGAUUGUCCCAUGUCGUCGCCAUCGGUGUUUGCGUGCCUUUAUGCGUCAUCAUUCUUCUUGGUGUCUUCAGACUGGUGGGUAAACGAGAGCCUGUUUUAAAGAAACUUGCCAAGAAGAUAAAAUCAUUUGUGAUCAUCAAAUUUGAGAGAAUUCCCAUUACACCGUGGGUUGACGCGGGAGAUGUUUGCUUCGCAUCAAUAGAUUCAGUCUACAAGCCCUUGGAGAUGUUCGUCAAUGUCUCUCACGGAGGAAGCACUGUAAAGUAUAAAUUACACUCGGAGUCUGGUAUCUUUGAUGAUGGUAUUCCAGAAUUGGCCAGUAAGCAUGCUAUAAUACAAGGUAGACGGGGUUGUGGUAAGACUACGUUUUUGCACAGACUGAUAUACGACUGGGCCAUCGGAAGGGAACGUGCACUAUGGGGUAGAGAUCAGAUAGUUGUUCUUAUCCCAGCUUGGUUGCUUAUUAAAUCUAAAACCAUCGGCGAAGUAGUCGUUGAAUGCAUGAUUCCAAAAGACGCAAACAUUUCGGCCGAAUCCAUUAAUGCACACUACGCACGAGACAAACGCAACCUGACAAUUUUGGUUGAUGACUGUAAUGGCAAGGACGACAUUGACGCUGUCAUUGAAUUUAUGACGGUCAAUGGAUUUCUUGGCUGUCAUUUAAUUGUUACCACUAGAAACUCUAAGUUUGCAAAAGCUGCGUCACGAAAACAUAACAUGCGCAUUGUCACCAUUAGUGGUUUUUCGUUCAUAACUGCUAUCGAAUACAUUAACGUAGUAUUGGAUACUGCUGAAGACAACAAGAAAAGUACCCCUGAGCACACGGCAGUCAAGAGUAAAGCUAAGCCAACAUCGGAUUCAAUUCCUCUAGAAACAAAAGCCAGCACUUCCACUGCUGGAUAUCCAGAGAUAGAGACCCCCAAAACAGCUACAACGAAACAGAAACGAAACAUUCAUCGAUAUAUAGAGGAGCACAUUCUUCAACCGGAUAUUUCGUGUCUCCCAGCCGUCUUGGCAGCUCUCUGUCAGCUGUCAAUCUGGACAAAAGGAGAUGCUUUCAAACCCGACGUUACUAUGUCAUAUUUAUUCCGCACAUUGGUCAAAUGCAGGGUCAACAAGAAAGGAAGUCUAGAGGAAGGUGUCACUGAGGGAAACCAACUCAGGGAUCCCAUGAAAGACAAACUGAAGGUAAUUACAGAGCUUGGUAGAGUUGCCCAUUCAAGACUGAUUGACAGUUAUGAAGAUAAUGCAGACUUCUCGACAGAGGACUUCUUGAAUGCGUCAGGAAAUGAAGACCAUAUCUUGGAUGAUGCAAUACAACUUGGACUGCUACGUCCGUUGCUCAGUGAGUCCCAGGUUGAAUCUGCGGAACAAAGUAUUGAGGUAUCUAAAGUAAAGAAUAGGAGAGCAUAUCUUUGUUGUAAACGGAAGGAGGAAAGAGGAACCAAACCAGAUCCUAUGAGGGAGGAUAUAGAGCUCGCUCUCCUGACAAGUCCUAGGAAUAAAAGGGUUUAUUUUGUUUUGGAGAUUCUUGAGGAGCUUUGCGUUGCUCAGUUCUUUGCUGAGACCACGGAAAGGGUUGAACAAUGGGUUGAUGGCAUCACAGAGAUUGGUCACACAGAUAUUCUCCAGAGGCUUUCAAAUGUAUUCCAGUUUGCUAUCCAAGCUAAAAAGUUUGACAGAGAAGCUCUUGUCAACUACUUCGCAAAGAUCAUUGUCAAAGAAUACCGUCAAGCCCGACUCCUCCAUGAAUUGCUACAAAUGCAGAAUUUCGUAGAGUUGUGUCUCCAGCUGAAUUUCGAGGGGCAGUGUGAGGGCGCCUUGAACAAGAAGCUGAAAUCGGUCUUUCCUGACGGGAGGGUCCGCUUAAUUGGGAUAUCGAGUUACAAAUUGCGUCUGUUGUCGUACCUACUCGAACAUGCUCAGCCAGACGAUAGGAGCAAGCUGAAUGUGAAGUCUAUUGAAUUAUUGCGAAUUGGUCAACAUGACUGGUCUGAGCUCAAUGAAUAUAUUGAGCACUUUGUCCACGGGCAAAAGGUUCCUGAGUUGAAGACAGAGCAUACAAAAACUGAAGAGAGUCAGCCAUCGACAACUGAAAUCUACAAGGGAACAGUCCCAUCAUCACAGGAGGACAUCGAGGAACUCCGACAGAUUCCCCCACCUAUUAGAAGUCAUCCAUCUGAAUCUGAACACAAUAAUCCGAUACAGAAGGAGGUCCAAUCUACAAAAUCCGAGCUUCAACCAGGUAGGGAAAACAAAUGUGACGAGGUAUCGCUUUCAACCCAAUCAGAGUCCGAUGUCGGCGACUCAUCAAGUGAGGCUUGUGGUAAUGAGGACGAAUCUAUAAGCAAGCCUAGAAAUGUUGAUAUUGAAUCGUGUGAUAUCAUUGACAUUGAAAAUGAACAGGCUGUUCUCAAAAAGCUGCGUGAAAGAAUAAAAUCCAGCAACCAAGACAUGCCUCGGUUUCCUCCUGACGAGUCAGACAUCAGUGUUCUUCAUACUGUGCAGUCUUUUGGUCUACAGGAGCUCUUAGAGUCACAGGCAGGGGAGUGCUACUCAUCGGGUGCAGCAAGAGACCUGGCUCGCUACCUUCCUCGUCUGGAAAUGCUUGAGAGUCUGGUUCUGGUUGGGACGAUUCUGAGUUCUGAGGCUAUUUCCGACUUGGCAAGAAAUGCUGACCAACUCCCAAACUUGAAAAAGCUGGAUCUCCGACUGAAUAAACAGUUUGACGACAGAGCCUUUGUGGCGGUAACAAGCUUACUGCUGCGUAAGUGCAACAAUUUGACGGAUCUGAGACUGUCUCUGUGCAGAGUACAAGAUAAAGGGUUUGAUGAAGUUCAGAGGGAAAUGGAGAAGGAUGGCGCGGUGUUGUGGGGAAGAUUAAAGACACUGUAUCUGCUGCAUGGAUCACCCGCUGAGAAGUUUGCAGGAUUCCUGAGCCAUAGUUUAAAGUACUUUCAUUUUGUUGAAUGUCUCCAUGUCUCAGCCACUUAUAAAAGUGAAGAAAUACGGGACGAAAUUCAGGGGGAGUUCGAACAAAAUAUGAAAAAUCAGAAAAUCAUGACGAAUCUGGAAGACCUAGACAUCGGCAACAUGGAGACAUUGAAGGCGAGACUGGCGCCCUUGGAUCUCCCUAAGAAGAGAAAGGGAUCUGGACUCUUGCCAACGUUUGGGACAGCCGUAAUAGACAUGGGGAAAAGGACAGCAAUCGGCUUGUGGAAUCGGAACAGAAAACAGACGGUAAGCGAGAGCGAAAAGUCGGCAGCAGACACGAUGUCUGGUCCAACACGUGCUGUUUCAGUAGAUGCGAUGUCGGAUCUACGAAUGUAAUUCCCGAUCUUUAGGUAAUAAUUGCUAUACAGGCCGAGUAAAGCAACCGCUUCCCAAGUGGCAGGACCAAUUUUUCAAUAAGGUGUUCCAUGCCACUUUGACAAUCUAGGAUAAGAUUAGUACAGGGAUCAUUUCAAUGUCUCAUAUACUUUUCAACUCACGACAUUUUGAACACAAACACCCGUCAUGCCUUAUGGUGCCUUACUCUGUAAACUGUCAUCUCUCUACAAUAUCACUGAGGACCUGUGGAUCCGGUCUUUUAUUCGUGAACGCCAACAGCGGGUCGUGUACCGUGGAUACUACUCAGUCUGGUCAACAGCAUCGUCUGGAGUGCCACAAGGAAGUGUUCUCGGACCCCUGCUGUUUAACAUGUUCAUCAAUGACUUGCCGUCUUGCCUAAAAUCAUCGUGUGUACUGUUUGCCGAUGACACUUUAAUUUACCCGUCAACACUUCUGAUCAGGAACUUUUACAAGUGGACAUGGACAUUAUGUCUCAGUGGUGUGUAGAGAAUAGGAUGAGAUUGAAUCUGGUUAAGAACAAAGGGGUUAGAUUUACCGGUAAACGAAAUCCAAUUCAACAAACAUAUAAAUUGAAUUCCGGAUCUCUUGAAAUUGUUAAAGAAGUAAGUAUCUAUCUAUGUUAAACAGCCAACUCACUUGGUCUAGUCAUAUCCGUUAUAUUACAUCCCGUGCCAACAAGAUGCUAGGCUUAUUAUCUUGUAUGUCCAGGGGCUUUCUCUACGCGUGCUCUCCUUUGCUUGUACAAGCCGCUGGUUUUGACACAUUAAAGGUUAUGACGUCAGUUUAUACAUCUCGUCUCUAGAACUCAACGUUUACACUGCUCUCCCAUUCAUGCAUUUCCUAGACUCUGGGAUGAAUUGCCUAAACAGUUUCGUAUUGAUUUUGUGAUAACUUCGCUGAAUUCUUGGUUAAGAAGCCUGAAAGAUUUUGUUUGCUCCUCUGAGUGAAUUGUAAUCAUCUUCCUCGCUCCAGUCUUUUUAAUGUGCUUUUGAUAUAAUGCAGUUUUUAUAGAUAUAUAUAUAUAUUUCCUACCUUCAUUGUACAUUUGUGUGCAUGUUUGUGUGUUUUAAUUCAUUGUUUGUUUCCAUCAUCAUGUCUUUAUGUAAGGACUUUUCUCAACUCUAGCCGGUUUUCUCUUUUUGUAAAGGGUUUGGUUUUUACUUCUAAAUUCAGUGUUGUUUUCUUUUAUUCUGACACUUGUUUUUCUGUCAUCAUCCUUCCGCAUUCUUUUGAUCAUGGUAAUUUUUUUUGGUCAUCUUUCCCCGCUUAAGUCACCUCAGAUAUUUUUUGAUGUUUUAAUUCAUUCAUUGUUUUGUAUCUUUGCCUUUUUAAUCAUCCGUCCCCGUUUUGGUCAUUUUUUUGAGUUUUUUUUAUCUUGGUAAUCUCCCUCACUUUUGUUUGAAACAUUUUAGUGCAUGUUUAUAUAUGUAUAUAUAAUGCACUUGCUUUUUUAUGUAUUGAUAUGCUUUUUUAUAUAGCUUUUUAUUUAUUAUCUAUUAUAGCUUGUUUAUCGGUGCAGCAGGUCCUCCAACCACAGUACUUUUGCUGUUCCUUGCUUUCUUUAUAAUGUUGCGAGAAUGGCUAAAUAAAAUAAUAAUUAUAAUUCAUUCCACGAAUCACAAAAAAGUACGUGUUCUUUGAACAAAACGAAAACAAUUCACGUGCAUCCCUAUUCAAAAAAGACUGAUGGUACAAUCGGCAUAAACAACCUUAACAUUCUUAACUCUUGGAUAUUUUAAGGAGCAUGUAAAAGAUAAGUUUGAAGGAGUUACGAUGCCAUAGUAGCUAGCCUAGAAACUGUGCAAAUAUAAUUAUAGUUUGCUGCUUAAUUAUCAUAAUAUCAGAAAAAAAAUGAGAUCAGUUGUAUUUUACUUCAAGUGUAUUUUUGUAUUGUUUGGCAUUGUAAUUCUGCCGAAUGGUGUCUUGGCAGAUAACAUGCUUUAAAAAUAUAGGCGUUUUACGUUAUGCGUUACAGUUGAUUUCCCGGGCUGUACUUCGACGUUUCACCCCAUGUAUGUUUUCUUCAUAACUAUUUGUUUUAUCAAACACUAAACAAACUGAAUCGAAUAUCCAAUGGACACCUAUCCCCCUCCCUUCACAUUAUGGAAUAAAAACUUAAGCAUUGCAGACCAGCAGGGAUUUUCUUGUGUUUAGGUAUUUCAAUAUUGAUUUAUAUUGUAAAUGCAACAUUGUUAAGUAAUCUAUUUUCCAUUAAACUAAUGUUUAUUACCCGCAGUAGCUGUAUAUCCACCAUCAUGACGUUAUAUUGAAGUUAAGGUCAUUUCUGAAAAAAAAAUCUGAAAAAGUGUAUACUGUGUAACAUUACUUUGCAGAAGGCAAUUAUGAGAGAAAAUUACUUUUUAUCGCUAAAGUAGUAGACUUUAAUGACACAGAAGUAAGUAGGUGCCAACGUUCCCAAGUGCUUUGCCGAAGUACUAAAGUGCUAAAGUCCAAUGUAUAUGUCUGGAAAAAGGAAUAAGGGAAAAAAAUGAAGUCUAGAAUAACGUGAGGAAAAUGCAUGUAACAAAAUUAGACAAUGCCAUUAUGACACUUAAUUAAAUUAUGAAUAUAUGGUGAUAUUAUUUAGA